AUGUCAGAGGAAAAGUUACAAGAAAUAUUUUGGUCUGUAGAAGAACUAAUUUAUUUACAUUAUCAAAAUGAAGAUAUAUAUGAAAUUAAGAAAAAAGAAAUUAUAGAAGCCUUGUCAAUAUUAUAUAAUAAUAACAAUAAAGAUGAUUUUAAAAAUGAUAAUGAAUUAUUAAUUAGUGAGGUAGAAGAAGAAAAUAAAUUGAAGAAUACCUUUUUUGAAAAGAUGAUAGAAGAAUUUAUUGAUUUAUUUAACGUUAUAAAACUAAUUAAGAAUGGGAAUCAUAAAAAAUGUAUUAUGCAUCCAUUUAUUCACAACAUUUUUAAUUAUAUAAAAGAUAUUUUUAAAAAUAAAUGUAUUGACAAUAUAGAAGAUAUUAAAAAAGAGAUUUAUAAUUAUAUAUUUAUUGAAAAAAAGAAAUAUCAAGAAAUGAAAUAUGAUAAUAAUAAUAAUAAUAAAAAUAAUAUAUUUUUACACACGUGUUAUAUUUUCUUAUAUGAAAUAAAAAUAUUAUUAUGUUGUUAUAUUUUCUUAAAUAUAUUUGUUCAAUAUAACUGGACAGGUCCACCAUUAAAUUAUGAUAUUAAAGAUAUAAAUAAUAAUGAUGAGGAAGAUAUUUAUUUUAAAGAAUUCAUACAUGCUAUACAUAUAAAAAAUAAUAGACAAAUUUUAAAUUCCUGUUUAAUUUUUUUAACAUUAGAAGGAGAAGAAAUAUAUGAAUAUUGCGAAUUAAUAAAUGCAUUCUCAUUAUCUGUUAUAUUUUUAGGAUUAGUAAAUAAUUAUAAUAACAAAUUAGAUAAUAAUAUAUUUUCUUUUUAUGAAUAUGAUCAUUUUAAAAGGUAUGACCAUAAUGAAGACAUGAAUAAAUCAAUGAACACUCAUGAUGAUAUUGAAAAUAUAAAUCAUACAAAUGGUAUUAUUUAUACAUAUGAUGUUGAUAAUAUGCAAAAAGUAGAAGAAAAAGAAAAUAACAACAACAACAACAACAAUAAUAAUAAUAAUAAUAAUAAUAAUAAUAAUAAUAUGAAUCAUAUGAAGAAUAAUUAUUUUUAUAAUUGCAACAAAUUAUAUGAUCAUUUAAAAUUACUUUAUUUUGUAAGAAGCAAAUAUUUGUGGAGAGGACGAAUUUUUUUCAUAUGGCAAAGAUUAUUUACUUCAACUAAUGAUUAUUAUUAUUCUUUAAAAAUUAAUAUUAUUGAUAAACCUAUACAGAUAUUUAAAAAUAUAAAAAUUUUACCUCCUGAUUUUGAAUUAAUUGAACAAGAUGUAAAUAUAAAUGAAAUUUAUGAUAUUUUAGAUAGUGUAAAAGAAAAUUUAAAAGAUGUUAAAUAUUGUAAUUUAUUUUAUAAUAAUCAUAUGUCAAAACAAUUUAAAAUAUAUGUAUUAUCAAAUUUUUCGAUUUAUCUGGCUUUUUAUAAUUAUACAAGUGCUUAUCAAAGAAUAUUAGAUUUAUUAUCACAAAUAAGUCAUUUCCAAUAUUUCUUUACAGGUAGAAUGGGGAUAAAAAGAAUGUAUCAAAAAAUACCAGCAACUAUACUUGUAUUAAAGACAAAGUUAAAUGAUCAGGAGGAUAAUACAUCUACCAUAUUAAAAGAAAUUGAACCUUUAAGUGAGUAUGAUAUAUUAAAGAGUGAUUAUCGCAUUAUUGAUAACGAUGAGCAUAACGUUAAUAUAUCCAAUGAUAAUGAACAUAUAAAUAUAAAUAUAAAUGAUAAUAAUAAUAAUAAUAAUAAUGAUAAAGGUAAAAAAAUAUUUAAUGAACAAAAUGAGUCUUUAAAAAGAGAAGAAAUAAAUCUAUUAUCAAAUAAUAAUAAUACUUUGAGAAAUGAUCAAUAUGAACAAUUAUCUCAUGAAAAAAAUCAACAAGGAGAUUUAAAAAACACACAUACAUGUAAUAAUGAAUUAGAAGAUAAACAAAUAUUAAAUGGAUGUUAUACUAAUAAUAUAAAUAAUAAUAAAAUAAAUCAAAAUAACGACAAUAGUAAUAAUAAUUUUGAGUCAUGUGCUCAUGAUUCAUCAAACGAAAUUAUUCAAGAAAAAAAUAUUUAUGAAUUUAAAGAUGAAAAAAUGAUUAAUAUUGCUGAAGAUUAUGUAAUAAAAAAUAAGAAAAAGGAUAAUAAAACAAAUGAUAAUAUAGACAAUAUAUUGGAUGAUCAUAGUAAAGAUGAAAAUAAAGAAAGUCUUAAAAAUUCAAAUGACUUAGAAAAAAAUAAAUCAAAAAUAACAUGGAAAUUAAAAGAUUUUGAUCCAGAUACAGAUAUAUUAGAAGAACCACAUUUUUUUGAUUCACAAAAUAAUAUUUUUAAAGUUUUAUCUUUUCAAGAACAAAUAUGUUUAAUCAAUUAUUGUUUUUCAAUGAUUAGAUUUAAUCCUCACUAUGAUGAAAUAAAAUUUGAGAAAUUAAAUGCGGUUAUAUCCAGAUGUCUCAAGUGUUAUGAUGUCAAUCCAAAGAAUCCCCAUUUGACAAAAGAGAAAAAUGAUAAUCAAAAUAAUAAUAGUACAAAAAAUAUAUUAAGUAGUAACAGUACAAAUAUAUUAAGUAGUAACAGUACAAAUAUUUCAAGUAGUAAUAGUACAAAUAUUUCAAGUAGUAAUAGUACAAAUAUUUCAAGUAGUAAUAGUACAAAUAUAUUAAGUAGUAAUAGUACAAAUAUUUCAAGUAGUAAUAGUACAAAUAUAUUAAGUAGUAAUAGUACAAAUAUUUCAAGUAGUAAUAGUACAAAUAUUUCAAGUAGUAACAGUACAGAUAUUUCUAUUAAUAUGCAUAAUAAUUUUUCUAAUUAUUGUUCUUCCUAUGGAGAUCAAAAAUAUGUAUCUCAACAAUUAAAAUACCAGAAUUGGCUAUUACAUUCUUGCAUGUUAUGGUUCAAAUGUAAAGGAGAAACAUUUCGAUUUAAAACUGUUGACAGAGCUGCAGCUCAAUUAAAUGAACUACAUAAAGAAUGUUAUGAUAUAAUACCUGAAUCUGUGGAAAGACUUAAAUUUAUAUAUGAUGUAUAUUAUCCUACAACGUGGGAAAUGAAAAAGGAAAUAGGUUCUGUAAUGAUAAAAAUAGGAUCAGUUGUAACAGCCUUUAAUAUUUUUAAAGAUUUAAAAUUAUGGGAAGAAGCAAUUUCUUGUUUAAUUCAAGCAGAUAGAAAAGAAGAAGCUAGAGAAUUAUUAGAUGAUUUAUUAAAAAAGAAAAAAAGUCCAUGCUUGUUAUGUUUAUAUGGAUUAAUAGAGAAACAAAGAGCUCUAAACUAUUAUAUUGAGGCAUGGGAAGUUUCAAAUUUUAAAUAUGCAAAGGCAGCUAGAUUAAUUGGUAAAUAUUACUAUGAAAAAGAAAUGUAUGAAAAAUGUAGUGAAUAUUUAGAAAAAGCUUUAGAAUUAUCUCCACUAUUUCCAGAAAUUUGGUUUAUAUUAGGUUGUUCAUAUAUGAAAAUCGAAAAUUUCGAUGAAUCUAUAAAAGCAUUUACACGCAUGAUUAGUAUGACUAAUGAUAAUUCAUGCAAAUCAUAUGGUAAUUUAGCUUACUUAUAUAUGAAAAAGGGAACAUAUAAAGCAGCUAAAAUAUGUAUUAAUCAAGCUGUUAAAGUGAAUAAUAAUGAAUGGAAAUAUUGGGACACUUAUAUAAAAUUAUCUAUUUUACAAAAUGAUAUUGAUAGUUUUUGUUUAGCUUUAAGAAUGAUAUGUCAAGUUAAUCAAGUUAAGCAAAUACAACCAUGGGUAUUUGAUUAUAUAUCUGAUGUAAUAGUAAAAGAUAAACCUACUUUAAUUCAAAAUAAAAAUGGAUUGGCUUAUCUAGAUAAAAUCAUUACAACUAUGGAACAUUUGUCUCAAUAUAUAACAGAAUUGGAUACAUUCUGGAAUGCCUAUUCCUUUUUUCUUUUUAUAAAGGGAAAAUUUUCAGAUUCAUUUGAGGCAAAAAUUAAGGAAAUACGAUCAAUAGAGAGUAUAAUACAAAAAUGCAAUAACGAAAAGUUAGUUGAUGCGUUGAUUUCGAAGAUAGUGGUUGCCACAAAAUUUCUUUAUCACUUAAUAAACUCACAUGACAUCGGAGAAAAAAAAGGAACAUUUUUGUACCAACUAAAGAGUCUUGUCGAAUCAACCUUAAAUCAUUACAAAAACCUUAGUAGUGAGAACUUACAAGAGUUAUCACAAAUAAAGAACAUUUUAAAUUAA